AUGAACACGCUAACGAAGACCUUGCACGACUUCUCUGCGACGGAGCUGCGAGACAAUCUGCGGUCACGAGGACUAUCAACAGCUGGGGCGAAAGCGGAACUGUAUAAUCGGUUGUUGGAGAACGAUCCUACGGGCGAAUGGAUGAGGGAAGCCGAAGUCCCGAAGGAUGCGAACCCGCGAGCAACGGAGGCAGCAAACCUGCCGUGCGACAUUUAUGGCGAGAGCAGGCGGAUGCAGAAGGAGUUGGAACUUCUGCAGCGGGAAAAACUCCUGAUGGAGCGCGAGCUCGCGUUGGCGCAGCGCGAGAUCGAAACGCUGCGUAUCAGUCGAUCUGCAGCUAGCGAUGGCGAUCAAGAAGCCAGUGUGUUGGUGAACGCGAAGUUGUCCAUCAAGCAGCUGACGGAACUGCUGGACCACUUCGACGGAAACGAUAGUGCCUGCGAAGAUUGGGUUGCCAAGGUGACGUACCUGCGCGGGACCCACAAAUUAGCGGACGAAGCAGUGAGGGUAAUGCUGAUUCAGCGAAUGCGAGGAAAGGCAGCGGAAUGGUUUCACUCGCGGCGUGAACACCUGUCCAUGCCGAUAGACGAAUUAUUGGGCGAUUUGCGGAAGAUGUUCCAGUGCCACACGAGCAAGAUGGAACGGAGGAGGCAAUUCGAGGAACGACAGUGGAAGCGGGACGAGAAGUUUGCAGAUUACUUUCACCAUAAGGUAAUCCUGGCAAACAGAAUAAAAAUCGACGAGGAUGAACUGGUGGACUAUAUCAUUGCGGGGAUUCCUGACCCAACUCUGAGGGACCAGGCACGGAUCCACGGGCACGCGUCUAGGACAACCCUACUGGCGGCGUUCGAGCAGGUGUCGUUACGGGGAAGACAACAGACGAGCGGACCUGCGAGGCCAUUCAACGGGGAAGCAAAGGGCAGUAGCAGCGGUUACCCGAAGGUGACAAGCGAGAGGAGAAGCCCAGCUACGCAGCGGAGGUAUGACCGGUGCUUUUAUUGCGGGGGUCGCGGACACGACGGGUCGAGUUGUCCGUCGAAAGGAAAAGGCAGGAAAUGUUUCGAAUGCCAACAAUUCGGGCAUAUUUCGGCCGAGUGCCCCACUAAAAGAUCGAGCGUUUCGAAAUCAAAUUAUAUAGCGAAAACCCAAUAUUUUAAGAACUGUAAAAUUGUUAGCAUCCACGGUAUAGCUAUGUCGGCGCUAAUCGAUACCGGGAGCGAUAUUUCGUUAAUGCCGUACAAACAAUAUAAAAUAAUCGGUUCACCCAGAUUGACACCCACCGAAACGCGAUUCCGGGGUGUGGGUGCUCAAGAAAACAGAUCUCUGGGGAAUUUCACCACGCGUUUAGAAAUCGACAAUUCCAUGUAUAACAUAAGCGUCCAUGUAGUACCCGAUAACCUAAUAGAUCACGACGUAUUGAUCGGCAACGAUUUCCUGGACACCGUCUCGGUAAACAUAACAAAUGGACAUAUUAAAAUUAUGAAAACGGAUAAAAGCAUGUACGCGGAAGCUGACGACAAAAACAUCCCGGAGGUAUACAAAAUUGAUUGUAUAUGCGAGCGCGACGAAUUAGACUUAUCAAAUAUAGAGCAAGCCGAAUACCGGAACACAGUGCAAACGUUGAUAGAAAAUUACGAACCGAAAAAACUCCACGACUCUCCGGUGACAAUGAAACUUGUAGUCAAGGACGAUGACCCGAUUUACCAGCGACCUCGACGUUUGUCUCCUCGCGAUCGCGAAGAAGUGAACAGGCACAUUAACCAGUGGCUGUGCGAAGGGAUAAUACAACCAUCCCUUUCCGAUUACACAAGUCCCGUUGUUCUCGUGCAAAAGAAGAACGGUGACACGAGACUCUGCAUCGACUACCGUAAAUUAAAUUGCAAAAUAGUAAGAGACCGAUACCCCCUCCCGCUAAUUGACGAUCAAAUAGAUGCACUUCAAGGCGCGAGUAUUUUCAGCACAUUAGAUCUAAAGAACGGAUUUUUUCAUGUCCCAGUAGAUUCAGGAAGCCGAAAGUACACUUCAUUUAUCAUCCCCGACGGUCAAUAUGAAUUUUUAUACGUUCCAUUUGGACUAUGCAAUUCGCCCGCGGUAUUCCAAAAAUUCAUUAACGCCAUCUUUAGGAAAUUGAUAGACGAAAAAAUAGUAUUGACGUAUAUGGACGAUCUAGUCAUAAUUGCGACGUGUUACAAUUCUGCGAUCGCGCGAUUAAAGCGAGUAUUACAACUCAGCGCCGAGUUCGGGUUGAACAUCAACUGGCAGAAAAGUAACUUCCUCCAAACGCGUAUCGAAUUCUUGGGUCACAUUGUAGAGAACGGCACAACCCGACCAACGGAAAAGAAAACCGACGCAGUAAUAAAAUUUCCUCAACCGCGAAACCUUAAAGCUAUUCAAAGUUUUCUUGGACUUUCGGGAUACUUUAGGAAAUUUGUUCGCAAUUAUUCACGAAUCGCACGACCAUUAAGUGACCUUUUAAAAGCAAAUACCCCGUUUGCGUUCGGCGAACCGCAAAAAUUUGCAUUCGAACAAUUAAAAGCAAUUCUUUCCACGAGACCGGUAUUGAACCUAUAUCGAGAAAAUGCGGACACGGAGUUACACACCGAUGCCUCGACACACGGUUACGGUGCGAUCCUAAUGCAGCGCGACGAAAACCUGAAGUGGCACCCGGUUUAUUAUGCGAGCGGUAAAACAACCCCGGCCGAAGCGAAGUACUCCAGCUACGAACUCGAGGUCCUGGCGAUCGUACGAGCGUUGCGUCGUUUUCGCGUGUACCUGUUAGGCAUCCAAUUUAGAAUUAUAACGGACUGCAAAGCGUUUACCCUCACGAUGCAGAAAAAAGACCUGUGCGUACGUGUAGCUCGGUGGGCAUUGUUGCUAGAAGAAUUCCAGUACGAGAUCCAACAUCGCUCCGCGAAAAGCAUGCAACAUGUAGACGCCCUUAGCCGUUACCCCCUCCCCACGUGUCUAAUCAUAGACGAAUGCGAAGCCAGCCUUAACGCCCGAAUAACCAACGCACAACAUAAGGACGCGGAACUAGCGAAAAUUAUUCCACUGGUCGCGGAAAGAAAAUACGACGGCUACGUUAUGCGAGGCCGUAUAUUGUUUAAGGACGAUGCCGACGGUAUUAAAUUAGUUGUACCCCGGUCGAUGCAAGCCCAGAUAAUACGUAGAGUCCACGAUAAGGGGCACUUCGCGGCAGGUAAAACCGAAACCUUACUAAGAGAGAAUAUCACUUCAAUAAUAUGCGCCCUAAAAUAG